UUUUCCCUUCCCUUCUUAGCUAGCAAGAGCAGCCGGCGAUCUGCAGCGCAGCAGCAGCGGCGGCGAGGCAAGACGUCGGCGAUCGGCAGCAGCACAGCAACCGGCGAUCGGCAGCAGCAAAUAACCGGCGAUCGGCAGCAAGCAACACAGCCCGUUUGAAUGGAUAAAGAUAACAAUGCUAGUUUUGAAUCUACCGGAAGCCCUAUUGUUCCACCAGAAUCAUCUAAUUCUCAAACUAAUGUUUCCCCAUCUGAAUCUAAGCCUCCUAAACCCCCGAACAAAAGAAAGAAUGAGAGUAGUGGUGGGAGAGCACCAUCCUCGGUUUGGGACCAUUUUGAUAAGGUUAUAAGAGAAGAUGGGAAACGUAGAGCAGUGUGUAAGUAUUGUUUUAAAGAGUAUAUGGCCGAUUCUAGGACUCAUGGGACUAGUAAUUUGAGAAGUCAUACCCCUAAUUGCAAACAAUUUCCAAACAAUGAUAAAGAUGGGCAACAAACAUUGAGUUUUAAAUCAAAACAAAAUGUCGAAGAGGGUGUUGAGGUUGUGGCAACAAGUUUUAGUUUUGAGGCUUGUAAAAGGGCUCUUGCCGAGAUGGUGAUUAUUGAUGAGUUACCUUUUCGAUUUGUGGAGGGAGUUGGGUUUAAAAGAUUUUGUAAUGUUGCCGUUCCUAAAUUCACACCAAUCCCAUCUCGUCAUACCAUAGCAAGAGAGGUGACAAACAUAUUCUAUAGCGACCCCGAUCAAAGACCAAAUUGUUCAUCUUCUUCUUCUCUUUUAUUUAUUUCUUCAUUGAUGUUGAUCUGGAUGUUGAUCUUCAGAUCAAAGACCAAAUUGUUCAUCUUCUUCUUCUCUUUUAUUUAUUUCUUCAUUGAUGUUGAUCUGGAUGUUCAUCUUCUUCUCUAG